AUAAAAAAUUAUAUCACACUUGUAUCGCAACUCUCGUGUAAGAUGCACGCGAUAGAAGAGCGCUAUUACAAGAUCAAUCGAAUAAUUCUUAAAAUGCUUGGCUUGUGGCCUUAUCAGCAAUCAUAUUUCACGCUGAUACAUAAAGUGCUAUUUGCCGGUAUUCUUUUGACAUUUAUUCUUGUCCAGUUGCUGGUAUUCAUUACGACUCAAUACAGUUUAAAUAUUUUUCUCAAGAUUUUAUCAAUCGUCUUCCCCACUCUUUUUGGCACUAUAAAAUAUGGCGUUUUUAUCAUUCAAGCAGAUAGUAUCAAGCAAUUAUUAAAGCAAGUCCGAAAUGAUUGGAGAUUGUUAAAAAAUAAAUUGGAAAUUGAUAUUAUAGAGAAAUACGCUUACAACUCCAGACUUUUCACGGUUACUGUAAUGGCAUUCUGUCUAUUAGGCGCAUUUUUAGGCGGAAUAUUUCAACUUCUGCCGGUGAUUCUUGAUGUUAUAAUACCAUUGAACGAAUCACGACACUGUCAACUUAUCGUAAUAACGGAAUACUUUGUUAACCAAGAGAAAUAUAUUUACGCUUUGUUAUUGCAUGAGUUAAUAACCGCUUUCAUAGUAACAAUCGCAAUAUUUGGCACAGGUGCGACAAUUAUAAUGUACAUUUUGCACGCGUGUGCAUUAUUUGAAGUAGCAAGCUAUCGAAUAGAGAACGCGAUUGAGAAAAGUGUAUUAGCAAUCUCUGGUCCUAGAAGAGAAUAUUUACUUCAUCACAGAAUUGUACAUGCGGUUGUUAUACAUCGAAGAGCGAUCGAGUUUGCCGACCUUUUAACAUCUACUUUUGUGGUAUCAUACGCUAUUCUGAUCGUAGUUGGCAUCAGCUCUUUAAGUUUCAAUCUUUUUCAAUUUUUUCAAUUGGCAAUAUUAACGAACAAUAUCAAUGAGACAUCUAUAUUCGUCAUAUUUAUAGUUACUCAUCUCCUAUAUUUGUUCUUCGCUAAUUAUGCUGGACAAGAAAUAACAGAUCAUGGCAUAAAGUUAUUUAAAGCAACUUAUAAUGGACUGUGGUAUGCAGCACCGUUGCAUACGCAAAAAUUGUUACUAUUUAUAAUGCGAAAAGGGACAAUAAAUGUCACUGUAAGUUGUGGCAGCAUAUUUAUUGCGUCCUUGGAAGGUUUCGCUUUGCUUACUAAUACGGCUGUAUCUUAUUUCAUGGUAAUGUAUUCUAUGAAUACAAAGGUCUAUGUCAUAGUUGUAUCGUAACUCUCGUAUAAGAUGCACGCGAUAGAAGAAUAUUAUAGAAAAAUCAAUCGAAUAAUUCUUACGAUUCUUGGCUUAUGGCCUUAUCAACAAUCAUAUUUCGUGGGAAUACAACAAGUAUUUUUUAUCAGUAUUUUUUUAACAUUUAUUUUUGUCCAGUUGCUAUUAUUCGUCACAAUGCAGUACAAUACGAACCUCUUGCUCAAGAUUCUUUCAUUUGUUUUGCCUAUUGUUUUCUGCUGUAUAAAGUAUUGCAUUUUUAUUAUUCAAAGAGACAGUGUGAAACAAAUGCUGAAACAGAACCGAGACGAUUGGAAAUUGGUUAAAGAUAAACUGGAAAUUGGUAUUAUGGAGAAAUACUCUUAUAUCACGAGAUUUUUCGCAAUAAUGCUUAUGGGCUUCUGCUGUUUUGGAAUAAUUCUAUUAACAAUAGUUCAAUCUCUACCGCUAAUUUUUGAUAUUAUAUUACCAUUGAAUGAAUCACGUUCCUGUCGACUUAUAUUCAUCGCGGAAUAUUUUGUCAAUCAAGAAAAAUAUAUAUACACUAUACUGUUACAUCAUAUACUAGCCAUAUCCGUAGCACUAAUCACAAUGUGUAACGUCAGUUUCGUAUUCUUGAUGUAUCUCCUUCACAUAUGUGCGCUGCUUAAUAUCGCAAGUUAUCGUAUAGAGAACGCGAUGGAGUGGAAUAUGUUAACGAUCUCUAGCCCUACAAGAGAAUGUUAUCAGAGAAUUAAACAUGCGGUUACUAUUCAUCGAAGAGCUAUCGAGUUUACUAAAUUUUUCACAUCUGAAUUUACGGUACUAUUUGGUAUUUUGAUCAUAGUUGGCGUCAGCUCUUUAAGUUUAAAUCUUUUACAACUUCUUCAAUUAAAAUCAUUAACGAAUAAUAUCACAGAGACACUGACAUAUACUUUCUUGAUUUGUGUUCAUUUGACUUAUACGUUUGUCGCUAAUUACACAGGACAAAUAGUAACAGAUCAGGGAAUAAAGUUGUUUAGAGCAACUUAUAAUGGAAUGUGGCAUAUGGCACCAUUGCAUACGCAGAAAAUGUUAUUAUUUAUAAUGCAAAAAGGAACGAUAAAUGUCAAUUUAGGGUUCGGUAACAUAUAUACUGCUUCUUUGGAAGGUUUUGCUACGCUCGUGAAUGCGGCAGUAUCCUAUCUUACAGUGAUUUAUUCUACGCAAAAAUAA